AUCAGUAAUAAUUCUUUUCUCUUGCUGUUCAUAUCAGCUCAGAAAGAGGGCGAAAGAAACGCAGCCGUUGCAAUUUUACUUCUUUGAACUGUGACAUUAUUUGUGAAUCGGUAUUUUAUGUACACUUCGUUAUGACUUCGUACAACACGCUGUCACAUUCCGAUUACGAUCAGCCAAAUUCGGAGAACGUUACUACAAAGAGCGGUACGUUUCAUCGCAUGAUCAAAUAUUGGCGUAACUCGCCAAGGACGGUGGGUGGUCUGAAGAAAAGUUCCAGCUUCAUCGAAUACCGGAAGCAUCAAUCGAAUAUGGUUUAUCAUCGUCUCGAGAGUUACGACGAGUCGAAAUUGGCCAAGUUAAGACGUCAACAUGCCUUCGCGGCGAAUGGUGUGCAGAAGACCAAUGGCGGUGGCAGUUUGACCCACAGCCCGGAUCGAUUUCGAGGCGCUACUCAAGAUCUCUUUGAGUUGUUGGAAAGAGUACAAUGUUCGCGGUUAGAAGACCAAAGAUGUGAGCUUCCAGCCUACUUUUCCCAGACACAUCACCGCGCCUCCAAUGACGAUCGUGUGCCCCAUCUUCAUACGUCUCAUGAAAUCAGUGGCAACAACGUGGCAAUGCAUUCAUCACAGGGCACCCAUCAUAGCCUGCAACAUUCGAGUUCACGCACAACCAUGAGACAUUCCAUUUCGGCCACGUCAAGCAGCACUCCGGCCUCACCACAAUUGAGUGGGAUUAUAACGGCGUCUGGAGGGCAGCUGCUUUCUAAUGGCCAUCACUACCAGUCACAGUCGUCGUCACAAUCAUCGAUAAUCUCCACCAUUCCGGCAUCUCAGAGAUUGCUCGAAGAGGUUCUUUCUAAGGGCUCCCCAUUCCCUAUGAUUGUGUUGCCACCUAGUGGUUAUUGGGUGGAUGGUACGGAGCACGAGUGCACAUAUGACGCUCGCGGUCAACCAAUGUUGCCGCAAACCACAUGGAUGGCUAAAUUCGAAACAGACGAUACAGCUAAAUGCUAUAGACGCUUUUAUGCCGGACGGGAACACUCGAACCUGGUCGGCCACGACGAGAUUUUAGGACCAGUGCUUAUUUCGAUCAAAAGUGAAAACGUUGCUAAUCAGGAGCACAUUCGAAUACUUUUGCGUCUAAAGACGGGCACCAUGCAUGAACUGAUCCCCGUUUCAUGCAUGGGUCCCAAUCCCAGCCCGAAUAAAAUGGUUCGUCUAUUGAAUGACCAAAUAAACGUCGACUGUUUUAUGCCUGUACUGUGUCCUAAGGCAUCACAGUUGAUUGGUGUCUAUGAUGAACAUGUGUUAGUCUCUAAUUUUAAAUUCGGCGUUCUAUACCAAAGAUAUGGCCAGACGACUGAGGAGGAACUUUUCUGCAACAACAAAUCCUCAUCUGCAUUUGAGGAGUUUCUCGAUGUGCUGGGUCAACGUAUCCGCCUGAAGGAUCACAAGGGCUAUCGCGGUGGUCUGGAUAUACAAAAUGGGCACACAGGCGACACUGCCAUCUACGAAGUAUUUAAAGAGCGUGAAGUCAUAUUUCAUGUAUCUACCAUGCUGCCGCAUACAGAGGGUGACCCACAGCAGUUGCAACGCAAACGCCACAUUGGAAACGACAUUGUUGCAAUUGUAUUUCAAGAAUCGAAUACACCCUUCUCCCCAGAUAUGAUAGCCAGCCAUUUUUUGCAUGCCUUCAUUGUAAUCCAACCCCUGGAGCCGAAUACAGCAAAUACGCGUUACAAAGUAAGCGUGACGGCACGUGACGAUGUACCCUUCUUCGGUCCGACUUUACCCAAUCCCGCCGUGUUCCGCAAGGGCCAGGAAUUCAAAGAGUUCAUCUUAACCAAACUAAUAAAUGCCGAAAAUGCUUGCUACAAGGCGGAAAAAUUUGCCAAACUUGAGCUGCGGACUCGAACGUCUCUUUUGCAAAAUCUUGUUGAUGAGCUGAAGGAAAAGACCAGAGAAUUUUUGGGUGCAGAUCUCAGCGGCACAGCUGCUGUAAGUCCUACGCCAGAAACGCCAAAGUCCGACAACACUACGACGGGAUCUCGUUUAUUUGAUACGGUCAAAAAAGCAUUGAUAUCUCGCGUUCGAUCACAAAGCGUCGAUACCAGCAACAUUGCUAAUGUGGAAAAAUUCUGCGUGUCCACAAAAAUGAAUUCAUCUGCAACCAGCACUCACUCGAAGAAGGAAACGAGUUUGACGGAAACGCCUAAUUAAAUGUAAGCAUGUAGUCGCACAACAUUGAAAUCUUCUUCAAAAUCCAAGUCGUCAAAUGAGUCUACAUCCUCAUCGCCAGACAUAACGUCCAGAGCUCCGCUCAACCAUACGAAUAGCUGUAGUGGCAACAAUAACAACGGAAUGAAUGGGACAAAAGAAGUACAGAAUAGCAAUACUGCAUCAUCAAGUGCUCCGAACAACGGGGCUAUUGCCAAUGCUGCAUCUGGGGGAACAACGGCUACAAUGUCGGAGACAAGUGAUGACUCCAGCCUUAACAGUGUUGAUCUUGACCCCAUGAUGAUCCACCUUGAUGGGGGAGCAGCUUACAUUGACAGCGACACCGGCCUCGAAUCCAUGUCCUCUGCGGAGGCAACUACUAAGGCCUGUUCCCUGUGCCUUGACGGCUCUCAAACUAUUAUGGGUUCAUCGCCUAGCAAUGAAACAAUAGUUCUGAUUGAAAACCUGAGACAAGAAGUUACACGCCUAAAGUGUGACAAAUUAGAUUUGUUGAGACAAAACGUGACCUGCCAGCGCGAUAUCAAGCGUCUAAGGGAGCGCGAACUUUCUCUGCAGGGAGAUCUUGCUGCUGCGGGCAAAGAAAUUCUUCGCUUAAGAGAUCUACUCAAGGAAUAUAUGCCGGAAAUGGCAGCGUCUCCACUCUCAAUUUCGCCGAUCUAAUAGUAAAUAAACACACAACGAACUGUUUUACAGUAGCAAUUAUGAAUUACGCUGAAACGAAGUUUGCAAAGCAAAUAACUAUUAGAAAAUCAAUAACCAAUUGUGCCGUGUUAAACACUUGCUAAACCCGUUAACCAAACACAAGGAAAUGCUAAGCAGCACAACGACGCCUCAUACAAACCUGUGAUUCUUUCUCGAAGAAGAAUCAACAUCUCCAUUCGGAUAGUGAAUUAGUUUUGCCGCUAUUCUGCUCCGGAGCCUGUCAUUAGCAGAGCAAUGCAUUAUCAAAUGUUUUUUGUUUAUCGGUUGAUAUGGCCAAAAUAAGAGGACAGCGACUACACUUUUAAUUUAACAAUUCGUUUAAUUAGAUCUUUUUUUUUUUUUUUGUUAAAACAAUGCAUACAUUAACACAAAUAUUUACACCAAAAAGUAAAAUUAAGUAUACUGUAGAUAUAAAGCCAGAGUGGAUAUGGAAAGCUGCUUAAUAUAAUUUUAUUCCAAAUAUGAACCUAAUCUCAAAGCGUGAGCCCAAAACCGGCUAACAGUAGUGAUCGAUUGGAAGCUUACAUAUGAUCGCAAUACUAAUCUAAAUUCGAUGUAUUUGCAGAUUAUAAAAACAUUAAAUAUUACAAGAUAUAAAAAUGAGCUUGUGUCAAGUAUAGUUAGUAGUAGAAGAUGAAUAGAAAAUAAAAAUAUGAUAAUUGUAUUCAGUAUUUAUUAAAAACAAAGAAACGUGGCGACACAAAUUCAUUCGCCAAGCUUUUGUAUGUUUUUCCAGGAGUGUCGAAAUUAUCUAAACACAACAUCAUACCAAAUAAACAAUAUACUCUUAGUAUAGCCCUAGGAUGUAUGUUUCCACAGUCGCGCAUCAUCCACUUGGUGGCAAGCACAGCCAGGAUGACCAAACAAAUCACAAUUUUACUUACUAGCCCUCAACAUUUGAUAGCAGUACGGCGCUUUGCAUCUUCAAAGAGCUAUUAAAUAUCCAAUCCCAAUUAUCCCAUGUACAUAUAUAAGUAUUCCCUAUUUUUAUAUUAAACAGAAAUGUCUUAGUAAUUUUAUAAUUAUUUAUAUAUACACGUGUAUCCAAUUUGUUUUUCUAUUGCAGUAUUUACAUAACGAUUAUAUGUAAAUGUUCAAAUACGAAAUGGUUAAAUCCCCAAUUACUUAGUCUUAAUAACAUUGUUAAACAAAAAUAAUGAAAUAAAAAGUUGAACACCAAAUUUGAUUGUAUUACCUUUUACACAUAUUUAGACUCGAAGUGCGGAAAAACUGCCAAUGUAUAAUUUUGCAUUCGUCAAAAACCUGAUACAUACAUAUAUGAAUCAUAGAAGCCACAAACAAACGAAAAAAAAAAUAAUUUUGUUACCAUAUUGAAUUUAUUAAUAAAGCAAACUAGAAACACAAA